AGAGCUCAGCUGGCGCUGGUUGCAAAUUCUUGGUUUUUGGUUUAUACAAGUUUAAAAUUGAAACUCAGAGCAAAAAUACAACCAAAACACUGUGUUGUGCGUGGGGGCAGAGAGACAUAUAAUAAAUUGACAUUAAAGUGCCGUUUAGAAUGUGCGGCAGCGACACUGUCGGCCGCCGCCUUUGAAACAAAGAUGCUGCUUGCUGCUGGCAUUGCGAAAUAUUGCAGCACACAGGGCGACAGCUACAACAACAGCUACAACAGAAACGACAUAACAGAUUUAAACCGAAAAACAAAGGAAUAAUCAAUUAAAAACCCACUGUACGGCAGUGUUUCAGGCGUACGGCACUGGGAGCCAUCGCGCAGAGACGCCUCUAACCUGUUGGCGAGGACCAAAGGAAAAGUUGCGUGAACAGCUGCAGGUCCGUUGCGUGGGUCGUGCCGUGUUUGCGGCACGCCAGCUGCGCUGCUUUUGGCAAGAGAACUCGAAAAAACAAUGGAAAUGCGAGAGGUAUUGAGUCGGGAGGGGCGCGAGGCGAAGAAUCUGCUCGUCUACCAGUUUUGCGACGAGACAUCGACAAAUUCGAUGGCCAGCGGAGGCGGAGGCGGUGCCGGUGGCGACACCACAACAAGCGGAGGCGUCAUUAUAAACGGUGACUGCUACCGCAAGCCACCGAUGGCGCCGCCCAAGUCGCCCCUGGGCACGCCCAAGAGCUGCCAGUCGCCCACAUCGCCCUCGGUGCGGAUCAAGUCCGCGGAGCACAGCCUAUCGGGUCCGCGCGUGCGCAGCGCCUCCACGGGGCGUGACAAGAAGUCCGAGCUGCAGGCCCGCUACUGGGCACUGCUCUUCGGCAAUCUGCAGCGGGCAGUCAACGAGAUCUACCAGACGGUCGAGUGCUACGAGAACAUAUCCAGCUGCCAGGAGACGAUCCUCGUGCUGGAGAACUACGUGCGGGACUUCAAGGCGCUCAGCGAGUGGUUCAAGGUCUCCUGGGACUAUGAGUCGCGUCCGCUGCAGCAGCGCCCCCACAGCCUGGCGUGGGAGGUGCGCAAGAGCAAUCCCACGCCGCGAGUGCGCACCAAGAGCCUCUGCAGUCCCAACAACUCGGGCAAGUCGAGUCCCGCUCUGUUUGGCGGCUGCCAGUCGGGCAAGACGUCGCCCUGCUACGAUGGCCAGGUGUCGCCCAAGAAGCUGCUGCGUGCCUACGAUCAAAUGCCGCGCGGGGCCAUGCGUCUGAAUGUCCGCGAGCUGUUUGCCAGCAGCAAGCGCGCCACCCAGGGAUCGGCCCAGUCGGAUCCCAUGGAGGCGACAGCGGAGGGACCCUUGGACUUGAGCAACGACAAAACCUAUGUGCAGCUAAACACUCAGUACUCGCAGACGGAUCUAGAGGAUCCGCAUCUCACGCUGGCCGAUGUGCGCGAGAAGAUGCGCCUGGAGGCAGAGCAGCGUGAGGCAGAGGAACGUGAAGCGGCGGCAGCCAAAGCGGAGGCAGAAGCAGCUGAAAUCGAAGAAGAAACAGCCGCCGAAAUCGAUGAAUCAGCCGCUGAAACCGAAGUAGAAGCCGCUAAAAAAGAACCCAUUCCAGCAGAAGCUGCCGAAAAAGACACAAAACCAGAGGCAGUACAGCCACCCACAGAGAGCACAGAGAAGGAUCAGCCACAACCGCCACCCUCCAAAGUGGCGGAACCCACAGCGCUGCAGAUGACUGUGGCCUCGCUGGAGCUCAUGGAGAAUGCACUCCUUGCCGAGCAGGCCAACAAAGAGCCCACACCGCCCAGCACAGUGGUGAAGCCAGUGGUGGAGCUGUUCAAGAAACCCCAGCCACCGGUGCCGACCAUCAGCGGGGUGCAGAGCAGUCCCCUGAAGUACUCCAGUGUGCUGAAUCGUCCAGUGAAGAAGGGCAUGAGUGCCACGGCAGCUGUAACACUGAAUGCCAAGGCUGCUGCGGUGCCAGCGAAACCCACAAGCAGUACCACGAAAGCAGCUCCUGCUGCUGCCCCCGCUGCCGGUAUAAAUGGCAUUCGUCGUGGAGUCAAAGCAGCACCGAUGGCCGCCAAAACUGGACGCAGUGCGGCCCCGCCACCGCCGCGACCGUCCAGCAAGACCGAAUGCUAUGGUCCGCCCAACAAUGUGGCCUCCAGGCUGUCGGCACGUUCGCGCACGAUGCUGGAAAUGAAUGAAAAGGCCAAUGGCAACCAGCAGGCGGUUGCUCCGCUCUCCAAGGCCCUGCCCAAGCGGUCGUCCACCACGCUGAUCGCGCCACAGCGACGCAAUGCGGGAAGUUCGAAGGUGAGCAGCCGCGAGGAUAUAGGCAGCUCCACUUCCACCCUCAAGGCCAGCAACGAGCAGCUCAGCAGCUCGCGGAGCACUCUGAAGCUGGAGGAUAGACAUUCCGAGCCCAAGCAGCUGCAGCAGAAGGCAGAUGCCAACGAUGGCUGGCUGACGGUGAAGAAUCGCCGCAGGAGCAGCAUGCACUGGGCGAAUCGAUUCAAUCAGCCCACAGGCUAUGCCAGUCUGCCCACGCUGGCGCUUCUCAACGAGCAGCAGCGCGAGAAGGAGGACAAGGAGAAGCAGCAGCAGCAGCAGCAAAGGGCAAAAGCAAGCAAAUCCAUUCCGCAAACAGCAAAGACCACAACAGCCACCAAAGAGGCAGCAGCGGCAGCAGCCAAAGGCAAGGCAGCACCGGCCAAAACGAGUAUGACAGCAGCCGCAGCAGGCACACGACCAGAGAUCAAGAAUGCCAAAGCGAAAGUCAACUCUUUUCCGCCACUAAAAGCGCCCGCAAGGAAGCCAGAAAAGCAGGAGAAGGCCACCGCCUCUGCCUCUGCCUCUGCAGGUGGCGCACGCAGCAGCCUGCCGGCCACAGACAACGUCUGUGCGGCCGCACGAGCUUCCACCAUUAAAAGACAGAAAUCGGAUCUCACGGGACUCAAGAUGACAUCGCUGCACAAGGAGUACAUGCGCAGCGAGAAGAAUGCUCUGCGCAAGCAGCAGCAGAAGGAGCACGACCAGGACAAUGGCUCCACAUCCUCGGUGGACACUGUGGUGGAAUUCUCCACCGAUGAACACCACAAGAUUGACAUCAAGAUUCAAACCAAUUGCGAGUUUUCCAAGACCAUUGGGGAGCUGUACGUGAGCGUGAAUCAGCCGAAUCUGCUCAAUGGUUGCCUCAAGCCGGAGGCCAAUACGCUGAGUGCCUGCGAUGAGAACGACGAGCAGAACACCGACGACAACGAGGAGGAGCGCGAUGAGCGCAUUCUGGUGGAAGAGCAGGAGUCCCUGGAGCGGCAGAUACGCGAACUGGAGCAAACGGAAAUCGAUGUGGACACGGAGACGGAUGAGACGGACUGCGAGGUGCAGCUGGAUCUGGAGCCGGAGGAUCUCUUGGGCGGCGACGAUGCCGCUGUCUUUGUGACAAUGAGCGACGAUGAGAAUGCCAGUCUGGAGCUGCGCUAUCAGGCGCUGCUCUCGGACAUGUCGUGGAACGAGCGCGAAGAGGCCUUGGCCACCCUGCAGGCGUAUGUGGCCCGUCAUCCGGGCCGUGCCCAGGAGCUGCACCAGAAGCUAUCGUCACCGUCGCGUCGUCGCUCGCUGCAGGAGACGCUCAAGAAGUACCAGGCGAAGCAGGCACGGGCGCAUCAGAAGCGGAUUGUCCUGCAGCAGGAGAAGGCGGCCAAGCUGCAGCAGCUCUUCGAUCGCGUCGAGGACGUGAAGGCGGCCAAGAAGCAGCUGAUCGAGGACAAGCGCCUGAAGAUGCAGGGCCGCCUGCAGCGGGCAGCCGAGAAUCGGGAGAACUAUCUCAAGCAGAUCAUUGUGAAGGCGCACGACGAGGACAAGAAGCUGAAGGAGAUCACCUUUAUCAAGAACAUGGAAGCCCAGAACAAGCGACUGGACAUGCUCGAGUCCUCCAAGGAGAUCGAAGGCAGGCUCCAGGAACUCGAGCAGGAACGCCAGAAGCGGGUGGAGGAGAAGCUGGCCAAGGAAGCGGCCGUCGAGCGACGUCGCCAGGCGCUGGAAAAGGAGCGUCAGCUGAAGCUCGAGAAGAUGAACGAGACGCGACUGGAGAAGGAGCAGCGCAUUGGCAAGAUGCAGGAGCAAAAGGAGCGCCAGCGUCAGGCUCUGGCCCGCGAGAAGGCCCGCGAUCGGGAGGAGCGUCUGCUGGCGCUUCAGGUGCAGCAGCAGCAGACCACCGAGGAGCUGCAGCGGAAGAUCCAGCAGAAACAGGUCGAGUCGGCACGCCGUCACGAGGAGAACAUCGAGCACAUACGCCAGAGGGCCCUCGAGCUGACCAUGCCCACGCGCCAGCCAGAGGAUGGGCGUGGCGACCAGGAGGACACGGACGAUGCCCCCAACAAUACCAGCAACAACGAGGAUGGGGACAUGUCGUCCACCCGUUCCGAAAUGGGUGGAACGGGCGGUCAUUCACGCAGCUACAAGAAGAAAAUGAAGAAGUUGAAGCAGCGAAUGAGUCAGAGUGCCGCUGAGUAUUUGGAGAGCAUGGAAGCCACGCCCGCCUACGUGAAGCGCGACAGCACGGUGCCAAAGCUGCUGAAUAUGAUCAUCAAGGGCGGCGGGCCGCAGGGCAUGGAGCGGACCUUGGGCAACCUGCUGCGCGUCCUGCCCAAGGCACAGACAUGCGAUUUCCACGCCUUCCUUUGCAUGGACGCCCUGGGCAUAUUGACCAAUCAUGUGAUUACCGAGGGCCUCAAACAAAACACCGAGGUCUCCAUCAAAUCUGUCUAUUUGGCGGUGCAGCUCUAUAGGAAUGCCUGCUCCUUGUGUCCCCAGAUAGCACGUCACGGUCUGCUGGGUAAUUCCAUAGCCGCUCUGCUCGAUGCCAUCAACAAGAACCUGCAGUUUCCCGAAGAAAAAUCACCACAACAUCCGGUUGAGUUAUCCACCGAGCUAAUGAUGGCCUGCACGGAGGCGCUCUCCUCGAACUACAUAAAGAAGGACACCCACCCCAAAGUGCCGGAACGCCUACCGGACCUCAUCAACUAUGCGGUGAUCACCGGCCUCAUCGACAUCCUGUCGCGUCGCAAUCAGAAGGUGCGUGAGUCCAUCGAACAGAAUCACGGCGUCAUGCUGAACCUGUUGACCUCGAUCGGCUUCAUCAGUCGUUUCAUUGAUUUCUGUCAGCCGGGUCCGGCCGAUCCCACACGUCUGCUGAGUGCCGCCAGGAGCACGGAACUCUUCGGCACAGUGGCCAUGCUCAGUGGCAGCGUUGUGCCAAUUGGUGAUUGCAUUCCAUCGCGCACGACCGCCCUGGCGGCAGCAACGUUUAAUCUUUACGUGUCCCUGGCCGCACUGGAUGUGCACACUUUUCAGGAGGCUCUAUCGGUGGAGGGUCCUUUGUCGCUGAAGCUGCUGGAUGUGAUGAUGAUAAUAUUGGACAAUUGUGUUCUAAACACUCCGUGGCUGAAGACCAGCGAACGGACAACAAUGCUAAUUGAUUUGAUUGCCUCGCUGGCCUUCUUCACGGUGAACAAUCGUCGGCACCAGGACCUCCUGAUAUCCGAGCCGUAUUCGCCCAUCUUCAAGCAUCUGGCCAAGCUCUCCACGCAGUUUAAUCCAGUGAUUUAUCCAUUUCUGGUCACCGCCAGCUUCAAUAAUACAGCAGCCCGAGCGCUCAUUGGCAAGGACUUUGAUUUGCAAUUCGUGGAUGAGUACAGCAGAUCGGAUGUGGCCCAGCGCAAUCGCUUGAUCAAGCUUAUACACAGUCGGAACAAGGAGAAGGAGAAGGAGAAGGAGAAGGAGAAAGUCAAUCCAGUGCUUGGCUACAGCAAUUCACAGCUGCCGUUCAAAGGAGGUUAA